AACAACGUGGAAUCGGUGCAGUUCACCGGUGUGUAGUAACAGUGUUAUGUGUGACCAGAGUCUUCACUUUCCACAAUGCAGCUAUCCAGCGUGAAUGAUGUGAAGAUUUAUAAUUUAAGUCACGGGAAAUCUCUUCCGGAGUGGCUGUCCGAUCGGAAAAAGAGACAGUUACAAAAGAAAGAUGUCGACAUCCAGCGCAGGAUUGAGCUCAUCCAGGACUUUGAGAUGCCCACAGUGUGCACGUCCAUCAAAGUGUCCAGGGAUGGUCAGUUCGUCCUGGCAGCGGGCACAUACAAACCCAGGAUCCGCUGCUAUGACACCUACCAGUUGUCACUGAAGUUUGAGCGCUGUCUGGAUUCAGAUAUUGUGGCUUUCGACAUCCUGUCUGAUGACUACUCUAAGUUGGUGUUCUUGCACUGUGACCGCUACAUAGAGUUCCACUCGCAGCAUGGACACUACUACAAGACACGCAUUCCAAAGUUUGGAAGGGACUUUUCGUACCACUAUCCGUCCUGUGACCUCUAUUUUGUGGGGACAAGUUCCGAGGUGUUCAGACUGAACCUGGAACAGGGGCGCUUCCUCAACUCACUUCAGACUGAUGCUGUGGAGAACAAUGUGUGUGACAUCAACCCCGUUCAUCAUUUGUUUGCCACAGGAACCUCUGAGGGAAAGGUCGAAUGCUGGGACCCUCGUGUGCGGAACAGAGUGGGCAUGCUGGACUGCGCCCUGAGCAGCCUCGCCGAAGGGACGGAAGUUCAAAGUUUGCCCUCAGUUAGUGCGCUGAAGUUUAACGGCUCCCUCUCCAUGGUAGUGGGCACCAGCACAGGACAGGUGCUGCUCUAUGACCUGCGCUCCAGCCAGCCGCUGCUGGUUAAAGACCACUUCUACAACCUGCCGAUCAAGUCCCUAAACUUCCACGAUCAACUGGACCUGGUUGUGUCCGCCGACUCUAAGAUUAUAAAAAUCUGGAACAAAGACACUGGCAAGGCCUUCACCUCCAUACAGCCUCAGGCCAACGUCAAUGAUGUUUGCAUCUACCCUAAAUCAGGUAUGCUCUUCACUGCCAACGAAGAUCCCAAGAUGAACACAUUCUACAUCCCGGCCCUGGGUCCUGCACCUCGUUGGUGCUCCUUCCUUGACAACUUGACAGAGGAGCUGGAGGAGAGCCCUGAGAGCACGGUGUACGAUGACUACAAGUUCGUCACCCGGAAGGACCUGGAAAAUCUGGGUUUGUCUCACCUGGUGGGAUCAUCGCUCCUCAGAGCCUACAUGCACGGCUUCUUCAUGGACAUCAGGCUUUAUCACAAGGUCAAAAGCAUGGCAAAUCCUUUUGCAUACGAGGAGUAUCGCAAGGAUAAGAUCCGUCAGAAGAUUGAGGAGUCUAGGGUCCAGAGAGUGCAGGUCAAGAAGCUGCCCAAGGUCAACAAAGAGCUGGCUCUCAAACUGAUGGAGGAGGGUGAUGAUGAAGCAGAGCUGGCUUCUAGGAAAAAGAAGGGCAAGGCUCUCCCAAGCGUCCUGGGAGACGACCGCUUCAAGGUGAUGUUCGAAAACCCUGACUACCAGGUGGACGAACAGAGCGAAGAGUUCCGCCUCCUCAAUCCAAUCGUUUCCAAGGUCGGACAGAAGAGGAAGAAGAAGCUGCGCCUACUAGCUCAGCAGGCUGCUGCUUCCCAACAGGCGGAUGAAGAAGACGAGGAGCCCGAGGGCCGAGCCAGCUCUGAGGAGAGCUCGGAUGAUGACGACAAGAGCUGGGUGGAGGAGGUGAGGGAGCAGCGGAGGUUGCUUCGGCAGGAGGGCCGAGAGCGCUGGAGGCAGGAGAGGAAGGAAGAAGACCGCAACACUGUCCUGCUGGAGAGGGAACAGAACGGAGCGGGGAAAACCUCAAACAUGGCUGAGAGCAAGAAGACAAAUCAGCCUCAAUAUUAUCAGAUCAAAGCUGGAGAAGAGUUCAGAAGUUUUAAUGACAUGGCCCGCAAGCAGAAACUACAGAAGACAUCUUUGGAGGACCGUCUGAAGUUAGAGGAGCACUCUGGAACCAGCAACAUGAGCGACAGUGCAGCGGGCAGCAAGCAGCUAACCUUCACUCUCAAAAAGUCAGAGCAGCAGAGGAAGCAGCAGCAGGCAGAACGGGAACACCACGAGGAGAGGAAGAAGCUGAGGCGCUCGGCCGGACACCUGAGCAGCGGCCGUGGGAGAGGCUGGGGCGGCGGCAGGGGAAGAGGAGGAGGAGGAGGGAGAGGGAGAGGCCGGCACUGAGAAGGGCAACCUAGUCCUCACCCGGGGGCCUUUUGUCCUGGAUGGACAACAGAGGCAUGACUGGCACAGUCCUCUGCUCAUGUCAAGGUGUUAUAAUGGCUUUCAUUAACUCAACUUCAAGUGUUGAGGAAUAUGGCAUUUCAGCUCAACAGACAGACUGGAGAUUCUGCACAAGUGGCAAAGACUGACACUGAUGAACAGACAAGCCCGCCUCACUCCUGGGUGGUCUGUGCCAUGUGUUUAGCUGCUCUUCAGAGCAUAUUAAAAAAGAUUACGUAUGUUGCUGACUGUGUGCAUAAAACGCCUAAGUCAUUAUCCAAAAGUACCUUGACUACAUACUUUUUUAGCAGGGAUGGCCCCAGACGGAAUUAGAGAAAAGAAGAGCUGAGAGGACUAGACAUGCCUUGCCUUGUCUCAGGCGUCUCUUUUCUUACAACUGCUCUACAGUUAAACUCCUAUUGCAGAUAAUGGAGGGGAGAAAAUGUAUGCUGUGCAAAAAAUGUAUUAUUUUUAAUUCUCUUUGUCAUUAUUGUAUAUUGUUAAACCAACAGUGGAUUAACAAUACUUGUACUAUAUAUUAUAUUUGGUACAACACUCAUUUGUCUACAUUGCUUUUAUUGCAGAUUCAAAAAUGGCUUAAAAUGUGCAAAUAAUCAGCCCAGAGCCUGCUUCCUUUGCAGCAGUUUACUACAUACAUGCGUCAGAAGUUAGGGGAGGGGAGGAGAAAAAUGUGAAUGAGGAAAGUUUUUUUUUCUUCUCCUUCCCCCGCCAACAACUGCAGUUCUUGGAAAUGGAAGGACUGCUUGGAUGUCCUUCCCAUCCCCCAGUGUGCUGAUAGUGUGAACCCCCUCUGCUCCAGCAUUGGUCCAUUUCAAAUGUGAGGGAGGUGCAUCUUAGCCCUCGGCAUGCCAACACUGGCCCCCAGGCUCAUUUGAACUCAUUUGAUGUCACCGAGCUUUUUCACCACAACCCAUCUGUCAGGUUUUGUGACAGCGUUAACAACACCUCAUUGAAGAGAAAUCCAGUAAAUUAGUAUGUUGGACAACAAAUUUCACCCUGGACAUUUGCUGCAAGAGCCAAACAUGAUUUCAGCGUUGUAACACACUACACUGUUUAGUUUUUUGCUGAGAGUUGCAUAAGUGGAUUGAUAACACUCUUGUGUCUGUACAGAAAAUAAGAAGCUAGAACUGAAUGCUUAGCUUAGCAUAAAGACUGCUAGCCUGGCUCUGUCCAAAAGUAACUAAACAUGAACGCCUGCACCUCUAAAGCUCACUGAUGAACACAUUCUAUCUUAUUUGUUUAACGCCUACAAAAACCUGGGGUAAAAUUAAAAAAAUUAAAAUAAAUCCUUAUGGGGGAAUUAUGUGAUGAACUAUUGGUCCUGACGUAACUUUCUGGAGUUCUUGUCACACUUUGGAUUUUAUACAGAUCAAACAAAUGAGAUAUUAUGUUUUAACUAGUUUACUUUAGAGGUGCCUAAAAGCAAAUUUUGUCACCGUUGACACAGCCACAUAAGCAUCUUCUCCCAUUUCCAGUCUUUGUGCUAAGCUAAAAAGCUGCUGUCUCCAGCUACAUAUUUACAGUCCAGACACAAAUGUGGUAUCAAACCUCUCAUCUAACUCCCAGCUACAACAUGAAUAUUAUUUCUGUGUCACUUUGUAUACAGCUAAAUAGAUCAGGAUCAGGGUUUAACAUACUUUAAGACAGAAAUUUGUUGGUGCAAAGCCUUUGGAGAAUGAACAGGAAGCUUUUUAUUUGUUAAGAGAUUACCAUCAGUUGAGAGUAGGUUACUGAGGCCAGAUGACAAAACUCCAGCCUAGUUUAGUCCUUUGUGUUGGGAAACACCAGUGACACUGUCCUGCUGUAGAACAAAUAAACAUUAUUUAGCAAAGUGUCAUCUGGUAUAGUGAUUUCAUCUGGGUUCCAGGCAAGUUGCCCCCCCCUUUUCUCUCACAAUGCUUUGGCUUCACCAUGACAACUUAGCAAUCAGGCCACAGGAAGUAGGUCAACCAAAGCUGGCACAAAGAAUCAGGAAACUGUAUUUCUGCAAAGACAAAUAAGUGAUAUUUGAUAUAUUUUACCUUGUAAGCCAAACCAUUACGUAGAGCCGCAGUAUGCCUCGUGGUUUGAGAUUUGUGCUUUUGUAGAAUUUGUUAAGGCUUGUUUUAACUUGCAAUGAUUAAACAUGUUGCUUACUCCAACUGAAAAUCCAGGGAUCCUUUAAUGUGGCCGAAUCAAGCCACACCUGCUGAAGGUUUGUGGUUUUUAGUAGCGUUCGGAACGCUACUAUAAACCGGCUGACUUACCAAGCGUCG